AUGUCGGCGGGCCUUGGGAACAUGUCAAGGACUAUCAAGAAGAUCGAACUUCGAAUACCACACUGCACAGUAGGAUUCCGACAGAGUCGAUGGCUCCCAGUCGUUAGCCUCCUCCGUUCAUACUCCCUUGCUACGAUUCCGGCUGAAAAGGUUGAUGGAAUAUAUAAAAGUAAAGCGAAGAGAAUCAGAAGGGCGGCAAUAUCCACCUUGGACCAACAUAAAUUACUGCCCAGCGAUUUCAUCGACAUUUCCAACAGGUGCUUCCGGCCUGGUAUCAGGUUUCAGAACGAUACAUCUGUGUAUCCUUGGCAGAUGUGCUACCACGAUGACCAAGGCAAGGCAUCGCAAUUCCCUCCAGACUCGGCCGGAUUCCUCUACUACCAUCAACCCCAAGACGGAACCCCACUUGCGGGCGAGCUGCGCUUUCGACUCACCCCCAGUAACCUUCCUCAGAGUUUUAGCCGAGGCAAAGAUUGUCUCACCCCAGAUGGAGCUGUCUGGAAGAUGCCGCUCCUUGCCCUGUAUCGUUUCCCAUAUAAUAGGCGUAUCUAUCGACAGCUUCAACUAGACGGCUUUAUCUCCGACGCGUUACAUUCAACGGUCGAGAACGUGGUUAAGACUAGCCACUGUCCUCACUAUACUAGCGUCAUCUUGCACUCACUGCACCAAGUAUUUCCAAUCAAUUUUGCAGCGUGUCGUUUCAGGUUCUUUGUAGUGGGCGACUCCACUUGUCAUACGGUUGACAUUAACUACCCCUUCAGGAUGUCCGAUACAGAGAAUAAGAGGGCGUCUCCUUACACAAGUAAGGGUUUCGUGCGUUUCGAGCUUUCAACGCUACCCGAGCACGCAGGGACGAGAACAGUGGUGAUGCGCGUUGUGAAACUAGUCGGAGAUCCGGGGCCGUAUCUGGGGCACGAUCGACCGGUUGAAGGGGCGCUGGUACUUCGACAUAGACCUUUCGGGAAAUCCGAGGUAUUGUGUUUCGACGCUGAUCGCAAUACGCCUAGGAAUGGCGUGAAGGGUUUUUCGCAUCCUAACGCGCUUCCUCUGCUUAUAGACAAUACCUUUGGGGGCAAGCACUAG